AUGCUCCUGCGGGAUCCCCCCGCCACGCUGGUCUCCCCCUGGGAGCGCGGGGUGGUGCUGCUCUCCUGCGCCCUGUCGGUGCUGGGCUGCUGCCUGCUGCUGGGCACCCAGGCCCGCUGGCCGGAGCUCCGGACGCGGCCGCGCCAGCUGCUCUCCUGCCUCUCCGGGGCCGACCUGCUCUCCGCCGCCUCCUACGCCUACGGGGUGCUGAAGGACUUCGAGGCCUCGUCCUGGGACUGCGUGGCGCAGGGCGCCCUCUCCACCUUCGCCAACACCAGCUCCUUCUUCUGGACCGUGGCCAUCGCCCUGGACCUCUACUUCGCCAUAGUCCGCGGCUCCCCCGGCUCCGCCGGAUUGCUCGGCUUCUUCCACUUGGUGAGGUGA